GCCACAUCACUAUUAAGAGACUCACAUGUGUUUGUGUUGUUGUUUUGAAAUAACUUCUACCUGACAAUCUUAUAGAAAUCUUGUAUUUUUGGUCGGUCUAAACGACAGUUGCAUUUUCAAAAUGUUACCGAUUGAGGUCUUUACGUGUUUCCCCGGUCAGAUGUGGGACAAAGUGUUGUCAAAGGUAAAGAAAGCUGUUGUUUUCAUGGACGACAAGUGUGCUGAGAGUCUUCAUUGGAACGGUGGAGCUACAAGUGUAUUUGAGGCUGGGGCUCGGAAUUUAAAAGAGUUUUCAAGCUUCGAAGCCGGUGGUGAAAACGAACCAAAGGCUGUGUUUGUGGUGAGCACUCUGCUGAAGGGGAGGACAGCUGACAUUAUCAAAGACAUUAUUGGACUCAGUCACUUUCAGUAUUGUGUUGUUUUCACCACCGUAGCCCACUCUAUACAACUCUUCGCUAACAAUGUCACUGCUGAAUUAGAGGGGAACCCUGUGUUCGAGCGGUUUGAAGAGAAGCUGAGCGAGUGGAUGGGAGACAUGAACUACACCGCUGAAGUUAUACAUGCGCCCGUGGUCUUCGCUCCGGUGUCACCACAGCUCCUUCUCACGCCAACCUUCGCGCACCUGUUCCCGCUGUUGCCACAGGACCUCAAGACCAUCAAUAUAAAGCGAACAGAGAAGAAGAGGUUUGUCAGUUUGACUGAUGUUGACAUGCAGUCUCUUACUCCGGAGCUGCAGAUUGAAAUUAAAACCCUGGCCUCUGCGGUUAAUUCCAUGUUUGAGUCCACCAGCACCCGGGAGGAGAGCUUUGCAGUGGGUCCAAUGAGCCGUCUUAUCGCUGGGGAACUGGCCAACCAUCCUCAAGCAAAAAGCCGCAGAAAGACUGCCACCAAUAAAGCAUCCAUCGUCUUCAUCGACAGGACACUGGAUCUAACAGGGGCUGCUGGUCACCAUGGUGACAGCCUGGUGGAGAAGAUCUUGACUGUGCUGCAGCCUCUGCCAGGACACACCACUGAUGUUCAGGUGGACAUGCAGGAGCUCACUAACCUGCAGCACAUCCCAGACUCCCAACCUACCCUGGCUCCAGGCUGCCUGGCACAGACCCAGUCGUCCACGGCCAGAUUGCUAUGGGAAACCAUGCUGGCCAGUAAGCAGAAGGAGGCAGUGAUGGAGGUUCGUAGACAGCUGGUGGAGGCCGCCAGCAAGGAGAACCUGCCAAUCAAGAUGAGUCUGGGCCGUGUAACCCCGGAGCAGCUGUGUUCCUACGUGCAGCUGUUUAAAAGUAGCUGGGGAGCUCUAGAGAGUAACUGUGGGGUGCUCCAGCUUGGCCUGGCCACCGCCCAGACCCUCCGCCACCCCACCCUGCCCCGCUGGGACGCCUGCCUGGCUUUCGAGAGACUGCUGCUGCAGGCUCUCGGAGACUCUGACUUUGCUGGUGUUCUGAGGCAGCUGCUGCCCCUGAUGAAGCCUCGUGGUGAGGAGGGGUCCAGCUCAGAGUCCAGUUCAGGUUCUCGGUUGGGGGAGGAUGAGUGUGGUCCAGACGAGCUGCUGGUGCUGCUGGUCUACCUGUACUCCCUGGCUGGAGAGGCCCAGCCUGCAGACGAUGAAGAGGUGGAGAAGGUGGAGAGGGAGCUGAUUGGAGCGCUCACCCUGGUCGUCACCAGAGAGACGGAGCUCAGCCCGCUGCUGCAGAAACUCACCGGGUGUGGUAGUCCUGAGGAGCUGACUAUGGAGAGGGCCCAUACAGCAGUGGAGGGGGUGUUUGAGACCCUCAAAGAGUUGAGCCAUGCCCGAGACCACCUCAAACAGUUCACCUCCGUCUACACAGCCAGCGAUGGAGUACAUCAGGCGACGUACCGUCCGUUCCUCAGACAGGUUCUGGAGGAGAUCUUCCACCCAGACAGACCUGAGUGUCCCGACAUAGAACACAUGUCUGGAGGCCUCACCGACCUGCUCAAGACUGGCUUCAGUAUGUUUAUGAAGGUGAGCCGGCCACACCCCAGCGACCACGGCCUGCUUUUUCUCUUCCUGGUGGGAGGAGUCACUCCCUCUGAGCUCCGCCUGAUCCGCGAGGUAGUCUCCGCCCACAAGCCGGGCACACAGGUGCUGGUCCUCUCCACCAGACUGUUGAGACCCACAGACGUCCCCGAGCUGCUCUUCACCACCCAAAGACUGGUGCCAGAUAUUGGUGUGUGAGCACGGAACAAGGAUCACACACACACUCCACCAACACCUACCGCUCUUACGGUGUGGAGAGGAGAAAUGAGAGGCUCCAGUGAGAUUGUGUGGUUUGGUAAUGGAGUCGUGGGUGUGGUGAGCAGAGGUGGAGGUUUAUGAAUUCGACUACAGGAAAAAACAGAUGAUCUACUUAGGCUUUUUUCAAAGGCAUUCCCAAAUGUUUACUUCAGUUGUGUUACGUUAGAGUCCUCUCCCUUCCCUUGUCCUCCCCAAAUCACGUUGUAAGGCAACACUUAGGUACUUAUGGAUUCUCUUAUUCCAAACUGUACAGAAUGUAAACGUGAUCCAAUCUGGUGUAAUCUGGUCUCGAAGCUCAACUCCAAACAGACAGAUGACAUUCAAAUCAAGUUACUUCAAUACAUGUUUUGUUUUACAUUCCAUCUGAAUAUGUUUAAUAAAUCUUGUAUAUUUGUGAAACUCA